CCUCCUAUCACUAUCAUUUUUAAUAGUUAGCAGUUUCAACUGAAUAGAAUCACUAAACACUCACCAAAUUAAACGAUACAUAUGGAGACUGUAAGUGAAAUUCGUGGUCUAAUCAUACUUAUUUGUUUCUCAUUGAUCAUGCAUAGGACAGGAACUUCUGCGGUGAACUACCUAACUCUGGGUUUCACUGAACUUCCACUUAACAGCUCCAAUCUUCAUAACCACAAGCCUUAUAAUCUACCCAUAAAUGCACGAUACUGCUUUAAGCACGGAGUGCACAAGUUUUGGUUAUACUCCACGGACAAACCUCUUUCCCUAAAUAGCACAACAAGGCCAAGAUCAGAAAUCCGCAUUCGAGGGUACGACUAUUCCCAUGGGGUCUGGCAAUUUGAAGGGUAUGGGUUUGUGCCGUAUGGCACAUCGGGAGUGUGCAUCAUGCAAGUUUUUGGGGCACAUCCGAAGAGAGCCACCACUCUUAUGUUGAGAAUGAUUGACGGUUGGCUUGCAUAUUAUGGGGGUCCAUUCCUGGUUCCAAACAUGUGGGAGAGAUGGUUCCGUUUGAAUGUGAUCCAUGAUGUGGAGGCCUCCAUCGUGAAGGUUUAUGUUGAUGGUGUUCAAGUUUUCCAAGCACCUGGUCAUGGUGGUUCCUUCCACUACUUCAAAUUUGGGCUUUAUGCACAACCUAAUGCUUCCUACUACAUGGAAUCCCGCUGGAAAGGAAUUAGAGUUCUCAAGAAAGAUUAUUAUUAAUUUUUGGGUCUUAUUUCAUAAAUUGUUCAAGAUUUAUAUAUAUUUUUUGUGUUUAUAUA